AUGGUUACGCUGACACGGAAGCAUCUCGAACAGCUGCUCGCUUGUCUUCCAGGUAAGUCGUCUGAUCUAGAUCUCACCCCCCUUGUCGACAGAUCUCUUCCUGAUGAGCCUCGCGUGCCCCCCGAGCUCUGCGCCAUCCCCGAGUCCAAGACGUCUCAUCUGCAGGCUCUCAGAAAGCAGCUCAUUAAGGCGGUUCCAGCUACCGGCCAGCGAGACCGAGUGCACCAGUUUCUCAGCUCGCUACUCGAUUACGUCUCUUACAUGUGCGAGGCGUUGGAUCAGUCGGAAAACUCGAGGAUCGCAUGCGAGCUUGACAGAAAGAUCGCAGCGAAGAUACGCGGCGACAUCAUACCCACCAUCCGAAACUUUUGUAACGAUAUCAAGAGCGUCACAUGCGAGCAAUGCUCGGAUGACGUUAUCACGAAGUCUAUCGAAGCUGUCAAAUCAGCUGAGUCGAGAGUAGCUCAAGCAAAGGACGUGUCAAGCAAGAAGAGACUUAUCCACGAGUUGUGGGAGAAGUCGUUGUCAGCGUUGAAGAACCUCAGGAGCGGCAGAGACACGCUCGAGCAGGCGCAGGCGAAGGCGUCUGCCUCGGAGGAGGUGAAAGAGAAAGUCCAGCUGGACCUCAAGAGAGAGUCGGAAGCCAUCGAGGCAGCGAGAAGCGACGCGCUCGGCCUGCGGUCACACCUCACUGAAUGUCAAGACAAGGGAGACAAAGUCCUCAACUUCCUGCAGGAGGAUGUGAAGAAGCAGGAGGAGGAGGAGCAAGAGGCCCUCCAGCAGUACCACACUGAGCGCGAACAUGUGCUUCGCAUCCUCCUACCCCUCUUGCAGCCGCUUGUACAGAGUCAUCAGCGAGCAGAAGCUGCCAAGAGGAAGGCAGAUGAGCUUCGGCGGAUGCAGGGGAUAUGCGAGCGAGAGUGGAAGGAAAGGAGGAAGAAGAGGAUGGAGGAGAUGGACAGCAACCUGGACAAGUUUUGCGGGUCUCUUGAGAGGUACAAUAAGGUGAUCGAGAGCUUCCACGACGGGGCCGAGCACGUGUUAGCUGCUAUGAACAGCUCCAGCAUGCAGCUGAGAGAGAACUUGACGAGGAAGCAGUCGAGGUGGAGCGAGCAGCUGGCGGCGCUGCACGAGCAGACGUUUCUGAGUCUGAGCGAGGCUCAGAUCCGGAACGAGGCGCUGCUGGAGGAGUGGAGCUCAGAAUCUCAAGCCCUGCAUGAGGCUCUCGAGGCAGCGGUGGAGCGGCUUGACUCAGUGGAGGAGUCGAAGAUCAAGGAGCAGCAGCGGACAAUGGAGCGACGGGUCAAGGAGGUGCUGGAGGAGAACAAGGAGAUCGAGAAGCGAGUGGCGGCCGUUGAGACUCUGUUCAAGCCCGUGCUCGAGGACCUGCAGCGAGGAAGAAUCGGGUUUGCGGUGUCGAGAGAGGCGAUGGCGUCGGAGGGGAUGCGGCGCGAGGAGUGGGUGUUCUCUCUCGGGGAGCGGCUCGUGCGCGAUCUCCGACCCUCCCUCGAUGCUCUUCGGCUUCGCGUCCGCCAGCAGCGGCUGGAGCAGCUGCGAAGGAACCACAAGAGAGAGUUUGAGGUCAUCAGGAAGAUGAAGGAGCAGCUGGACUCGGAGAUGCUCCCGUUUCGCUCUCCUCCCGCGAGGCUGCUCACCUUUCAAGAGGACAGAGAGAAUAGCUCGGACUCCAACAUCCUCCUGGGUAAGCGGACAGGGGGCGCGUUCUCAGCUGUGCAGCAGAAGCGAGGACGAGUGGAUGAGCAGGAAAAGCAGUCCGUGAUCAGCAUCGACUAG